AUGUCCGAACAACAAGACAAAACCGCGCCUCCCGCCCCCGAAGCCGUUGACAAGGCCGUUGAACCCUCCACCGAGACCAUGGCUGCUCCCGCUCCCGUUCCAGAGGCUCAACCCGAGCAGAAGACACCGGUCGAACCGGCUCCCGUUCAGAAGGAGGCCGUUCCAACGGAGCAGCAACCCUCAACUACCACUCCAGCAGCCGAGACUGCGGCCCCCGAAGCUACGGAGCCCGCUGCGGCCGCUGCGCCGGCACCGGAAGAGCAGAAGGAGGAUGACAAGCCCGUCGCCGAGGAGAAGCCCGAAUACCUCGCGAAGAACCCGGCACUGAGCCAGUUCUUCGACCGCCUACCCUCCAUUCUGUCUAGCUCGGGUCAUGAUGAGAUGUGGGGUGUCCCGCUGAAGCAUGACUCCGGUGACGUUCCCACGGUGAACGUGUUGAUUAAGUUCCUGCGGGCGAACGAGGGGAACGCGAAGUCGGCCGAGGAGCAGCUGACCAAGGCGUUGCAGUGGCGCAAGCAGAUGAACCCCUCUGCACUGGUGGAGUCGGGGCGGUUCAAUGCGAGCAAGUUCGGUGGGCUGGGAUACUUGACGACGUAUCAGGAGGCGGAUGGGAAGGAGUUGGUCGUCACCUGGAAUAUUUAUGGUGCUGUUAAGAGCAUCGAUGAUACCUUUGGGGAUAUGGAUGAGUUCGUCAAGUGGCGUGUUGCGCUGAUGGAGCUAGCCGUUCAGGAGCUCAAGCUGGCUCAGGCUACGUCGGUGCUGAACUACGAUGGCGAGGACCCCUACCAGAUGGUCCAGGUUCACGACUACUUGAACCUCAGCUUCCUGCGACUGAACCCCAACCUCCGUGCUGCUACGAAGAAGACCAUUGACGUGUUUACCACCGCGUACCCCGAGCUGCUGCGGGAGAAGUUCUUCGUGAACGUGCCGACUAUCAUGGGCUGGAUGUUCGCCGCCAUGAAGGUCUUCUUGAGCAAGAACACCACUCGCAAGUUCCACCCCAUCUCUAACGGCGCCAACCUGGCCCGCGAGUUCAAUGCGCCCGUGAAGGAGAACCUUCCCAAUGCCUAUGGCGGAAACGGCCCUGCCCUGCAGGAAUCUGCACGGACUGUGAAGCUGGAGGAGUCCGCCCCUGCCCCUGCUGAGGCCUCGGCUCCUGAGCCGGAGAAGGAGGCCCCUAAGGAGGCUGAGGCUCCCAAGGAAGAGCCCAAGCAGGAGGAACCGCCCAAGGCUGAGGCAGCUGUCACGGCCCAGGAAACCCCGGUUGUCGGCGAAGCCAAAUAG